CAGAUUCAAUAGUUAAGUAAAUAAGUACCUGCACAUAAUCCUUUUUAGCACUCAGUUUUUACUCCUCGCUCUUUUUUCGAGCUCAUCACCCAUAAUUUACCGCUAUGAGCCCAAAAUCGGUUUGCACAGAGCAUGUCGACAUUGCUAAACCCGUGGACGUGGCCGUUGCUCUACCGGCAAUGCCCUCCUUUCUCCAAAACAUGACCGAUGAAGAGAGGUCUCGGAUGGAGCGUAAACUGGUUCGAAAAAUCGACUUCAGGCUGUUGGUUAUGACUUUCGUCAUGUAUGUCCUCAACUACCUUGAUCGGAACAACAUCGCCUCUGCAAAGCUCGGCGGUUUGGAAGAGGAUCUUGGGCUGCAGGGGAAUGAGUUUCAGACCACAGUCAGUAUUCUCUUCGUUGGGUAUAUUUUGAUGCAGGUCCCCUCGAACUUGCUUCUAAAUAAAUUUGGGAAACCGUCCCUCUACCUCCCAACAGCGAUGGUGAUCUGGGGGACCAUCUCAACCGCCACAGCCGCAGCAACCUCGUUCAGCGGCCUAGUCGCCUGUAGAUUCUUCCUUGGGUUCGCGGAGGCAGCCUAUUUCCCUGGUUGCCUAUAUCUCCUGUCAUGCUGGUACACCCGCAAGGAAAUGGUGAAACGAACUGCGCUGCUCUACUCGGACUCCAUAAUUUCGGGCGCCUUUUCUGGACUUAUUGCGGCGGGUGUUAUCAAUAAUCUGAAUGGCGCGAGAGGCCUAUUAGCCUGGAGAUGGUUGUUUAUCAUCGAGGGCGCAAUUACUAUUGCAGUUGCCUUUAUCGCGUACUUCAUUAUACCGGAUCUUCCGCGAACGACAUCCUGGCUCAGUGAAGAAGAGAAGGAACUAGCCGCGUGGAGACUCGAAGAGGAUAUCGGAGAAGACGACUGGGUAGACGGCGAGCAGCAGUCAUUCUAUCUGGGGGCUAAGAGGGCAUUCCUUGACUACAAAGUCUGGCUCCUCCUUGGUACAGUAUACGGCACAACGUCCGCAGGCUCUAUAACGAAUUUCUUCCCGGCUGUAAUGAAAGGACUCGGAAGAGGAGACGUCGAAACACUCCUUCUUACGACACCUCCAUACCUGAUUGGCGCUGUAGCUCUCAUUGGGAAUGCCUGGCACUCUGACAAGACCGGCGAGCGGUUUUUGCAUAUCUUCAUACCGGCUGUCCUUGCAAUCGCAGCGUUUAUUCUCGGCGCUGCGACUACAUCUUUUGUGCCUCGUUAUAUAUCUAUGUGUUUCCUUAUCAGCACGAUAUACUCGGGGUAUAUUGUUGGUUUGGGAUAUAUCUCAAACGUGAUCCCCAGACCAGCAGACAAACGCGCCGCGGCAAUAGCAAUAAUAACAUGUCUGAGCAAUGCCUGCCAGAUUUAUACCUCUUAUUUCUAUCCUAACUCAGAUGCCCCACGAUACACAAAGGCCUUCUGUAUCAAUAUCGCCAUGCUCGCUAUGAGCUGUGCCUUUGCGACAGUACUGCGGAUUUGCCUCGGGAGGGAAAAUAGGAAACUAGAUGCGGAGGAUGUGGCCAUGGAGGAGAAUGGCGUACGUGGGCUUGGGUUUCGGUAUUUGGUUUGA